AUGAACCCCACGACUGACCUUUCGUCCUUGCUCGAGAAGUAUGCAAAUCUACCAUCAAAGCGCCAAAAGCCCGUACCAAACACAUCUCAAACGCCACUUGAAAAAUCCACGGAGGCUGCCACUUCUCCCAGCCAAGUUCAUAUACACUUGGAACUGGCCCCUGAGGUCUCAUCAGCAGACACCCUAGUAUCUGCUCCAACCUUCGUCUCCGACCUUGAGCAAACUCUACAGAAAGGAACAACGCUUUCACAGUACGGCGAUCGGAAUAUUGUUCAACUCAACAACAAGACCAUUGUAAAGCACGGGCUUGGUCUAGACUGCGACGAAGCACAUGUCAUGAACUAUAUACACCAAGUUUCAAAAGACAUACCACUACCUCGCCCUCUCGGUGCGAUAUCUAUCGAUCAUCACACCUACAUAUUUAUGACCCUCCUCGAAGGAAACUCUUUGGAUAAGUUCUGGUCUUCUUUGUCUAAAGAGCAAAAAAGCUCAGUCCAGAGGCAAUUGAGCGCUACCCUAGAGAAGCUAAGGUCUCUACCACUGCCUUCAACCUAUUUUGGUGGAGGUAACAUCCCUUCCUGCAAAGACACCAGGAAAUUCACGCGUUCCAGCCAAAGUACCAUACAAAAUGAGGCCGACUUCAACCAAUUCCUACUCUCGGGACCUAUAAUAAGGUACUCCCAGACUUAUAUUCAAUUUCUGGGCUCCCUCCUUCGGACAGAUCAUCGGAUCGUAAUGACACACGGCGACUUACACCCUCGGAAUAUCAUGGUCAAAAUUGGGACUAAUGGGCUUGUGGAAGUAACCGGUGUUGUUGAUUGGGAGCUAGGCGGAGCUUAUCCAGAAUACUGGGAAUACGUAAAAGCUCUUAAUACAGUAUCGCCGAUUGAAGAAGACGAUUGGAGCCUAUAUCUUCCAACGAAAGCGAUAGGGGAAUAUGGGGGAGAUUACUGUAUAGAUCGUCUUGUUGGUCAGUUGUUUUGCUGA